AUGAGUGAACAUCCCCAAUUAAAUACUGGCAAGUUCACAAAUGAAUUCACAUUCAAGAAGGCGAAAGAUGGCACGACUGGAAAAAUGCUACCAAGGCAAAAGAUGCCGCCAAUAGAAGAAGUGAGAAUCGAACGGGGGGCGGUGUCUCACCAAUUUAUGUACUGGAAUCCUGUACAAAUUGAAGGUUUGCCAGCUUUGGAACCGAUUACUGAAUUCAACUUCGACAAAAUUGAGUUAGACGCUUCACCUAGAAACCAAGGCCAAGCCCACAAAGCUGUUUCUAGUAAAACCUGUGCGGCUGCUGGUACUCUGCCGGUUCAAGCAGCAACAUCGCAACGGCCACGACAGAAAGAAGAAGGUGACAUUAACCUCAUUCAAAACCGAGACGAAAACGUAAACAUAAACAUAAAUGAUGACGGCUUUGAAUUUCAGCGCACACAAAGGAAAAGACAAUACAGAAAAAAACGUCUGGGAAACGCAAAAAUUUCACCGGAAAGUCAACAAAAUGGUUUCGCAGGCGGGGAUAGGAAAGCCUGGCUUUAUCUCAAUCGAAUCAAGAGGCAAACUACUGAAGAAAUGAUAAUAAAUUAUGUGAAAGGAAAGAAGGUUUUGAACACGAAAACAUAA